AUGAAGAACUGCUUUGAAAAUCACACUGCCUGCGGGACGCCUGACAGUAAGCCGUAUGCACCUAAGCGCUUCAUCGACGUGCGAAACGACCGCGUCGUGCUACGAGAGAACGUGAAGGUGGCGCGCUAUGAUUGCCUAAGCCACUGCUGGGGACCAAGCCAGAGUCCCAUAAAGACGCUAAAGAGCACUUUGGCCGACUUUCAGAGUGAGAUUCCGUGGGCCCAGCUCAGCAAAAUGUUCCAGGAUGCCGUGGACAUUUGCCGGCGGCUGGACAUUGACUAUCUGUGGCUCGACUCGCUAUGCAUCAUUCAAGAUAGCGAUGGCGACUGGAAGGAGCAGUCGGUCCUCAUGGCGGACAUAUACCAGAAUGCACUGAUCACAAUUGCCGCUGCCAAAGCCGGCGACGGCUCUGCGGGCUGCUAUUCCCAACGAGACCCGGGCUAUCUCGACCUACGUACGGUGGUACUGGGGCGGGUAUAUACGCGUAAAUGUGCCCCAAGUUCUCGCCGCUUGAACGAUUUGCCGCUGCUACGCCGCGGAUGGGUUUUGCAGGAAAUGUUGUUGUCGACCCGCGUGGUGUACUAUAUGCAUCAAGAAGUGGCCUGGCAGUGCCGUUCGUGUUAUGAGAGUGAGAACGGCAACACCGAGUAUCCAGUAGAUAAGUGGAUGGGGCCAUUGGAAUUGAUACAUAAAAAGGUCCCGCGGGUGGAAUCAUGGCAUCAACUCAUUAGCACAUAUUCGGCGCUCCAGCUCACAUUUGAUAAGGACCGCUUGGCGGCACUCGCAUCCAUCUCCGAGCGGUUUGACAAGGGAGCUACGGAGAAGGGAGCCACGGAUAGCCAGUUUUUAGCCGGUCUCUGGCAGCCAACACUGCUGCAAGAUAUGGUCUGGCUGGUCGGCGACCAGAGUACGUCCGGCCAAGCGGACAAGAGACCCGAGCAUUGGCGGGAAAAUGGUGUGCCCUCGUGGUCGUGGGAAGCUGUCCGAACGAAGGACAAGCCCUAUCUCGGAAAGUUCACUAGAAGUGACAUCACCUUACGCGGGCCGCUGCUCCCUUGUCAUCUUGACGAUCUAGAGGCCACGAUGCAUCAGCGCCUGACCAAUGGGAAGGAGGCGUUCCUGUUUGAUGACACUAUCCGUGUGACCCUGUUUUCGCCUGAUUAUGGCUACAACGAGGCCGGACCGGACCAGCUUGAGAACGACAGUGCGGUGUUCCUGCUUCCCCUGAUCAUCGUCACAGUGGGACACCACCAAGUGAAGAGUCUCGUGCUCCGCCGCCGCAGUGAUCGAUCGGAUACAACCUACGAGAGAAUAGGUCUGGCGGUAUUAGCCUACAUCAAGGGCAAAUCAUAUCUUAGCAAGCGUGGGGUGGAUUCCCAUAACUAUCAUGUUCGAUCUUCCUUUCAGGACAAUGACAUACUGUGGACAAACGAAUACUUGUCUAGCUUGCCCGCUGUCGAGAUCACCAUUACAUAG